AUGAUUAGUAGAUCUGGAGAGGCUAUGCAAGCUUUCAACCAGGAUUUAAUUCGUUGUCUCGAAGAUCUGAAAACGACCAAGUCGAGACUGGAAACACAAAUCGACGAGGAGGAGGCUGAGAGGGUGAGAUUGCAGCGUGACGUCGAACGUAUGAACGUCAAGAUCAGUCAACUGAAUGAAAGUCUUGGCAAAAAAUCGGCAGCUCGAGCUGAUUACGAACAUACUAUUCAAGAAGCCGAAUCGGCUUAUAUGAAGAUCCUCGAAAGUUCGCAACUACUACUUAACAUGGUGAAGAAGGAGGCAGCUUGUCUAGACAAAACCCUGAGCAGUAGUGGUACGAGUUGUAGCAGCAGCUUCUCCGACGAAGCGUCCGAUACUGCAAGAUGUCGUAGAAAUACCAAGGAGUCUUUGGAAUACAGUGAUGAUAUCUGUCAAAAAUCUAUAUCUGUUGUCGAUCAUUUUAGAAAAAAGAAACCCGGCGAUCUAAAUGCCAAAACGUGA